UGUGCGAUCGUCGCGCAGAAUUGUUGCUGGUCGGUGGGAAAGCGUGCUUAUCGGAGUUGCUCCGAGUGAUAAUUUUACGUAUUGUAUGUUCCAUUGUAUUUGUCGUGUGGCUGCGAGUGCCAGCAGUGGUCUGAACUGGGGGUGAAAAUGAUGUGUACUUGAGUGAAAGUGAACCACACGAUUGGAGGACAGAGGAGACCGGGAUCCUUCCAGUACAGACCCGAAAUUACGCUCGUCUGCAUGAGAUUGAAAGACUGAUAAAGUUUAAGGAGGGUUUCGAGCAAAGUUCGCUUUUCGUGGAAGUCUCGGUGAAAAGGGGGACAGCAAGACAGUGAAGUGCAAAAAUGCUGACUUGUGUGUGUCGUCCAGUGACCAGCUCUCUGCCCAAGCCAUCCACAAUGGCUCCACAGAAGAGAAGCCCAAUUGUGGUAACAGCAGAGCCACGAUUCGCCACAGCGACAAUCGUUAAGAAGUCCAAGACAUCGAAGAAGGUGCCGGGAAGGCCAACCGCUGCCGAGCUUAGGGCAAUGGCGUUGAGACAACAGCAGCAGAUCGAUUCCCAGCACCAGCUUCUCGCCGCUAAGGAGCAGCGAUUGCGCUUCCUGAAGGCACAAGAAGCUCGUGGAGCCGCCGCCGCUGCUGAAGGUGAACGCCUGCGGCGGCUCAGGGAACGCGUGGAGGCGCAGGAAUCCAAGCUGAGACGCCUGCGAGCGCUGCGUGGACAAGUGGAUCUUCAGAAGACCUACAAUGUGACACUGAGCAAUGAUCUGGACUCCAUUAGGGCGCUGUUCAGCGAGAAAGAGAAGGAGCUGAGUUUGGCUGUGGCAAAGGUGGAGGCUCUUACGAGGCAGCUGGAGGACUUGAGGCGGGAUCGGCGCGGCCCACUCAACUUGAUACCGGGCGGAGCCCCCGGUGGCAACCAGCAGCAAUCCGCAGCGGCUCGUGAGCUUGACAAACUGCGUCGGGAAUUGAUGUAUCGCAAUCAGCUGUCCCUGCAGCAAGAUGCACGACUUCAUCUACAGAGAGAGGCUCUUCAGCAGCGUCAGGCGGAACUGCGCUCCGUGGACCAGAGAAUACUGGAGUUGCAGAGCCGACUGCAGCGCAAGAAAGCGUCCAAUUUGCUCCUUCAAGCAGCCCAGCAUCCAUCACCGUCGCCACCCCAGCUGACGCCGCCGGCGGCCACGCAGCCACUUCAGAAUGGCACAACAGCCACUGUGAGGCCCUCCAGCAAUGUGUACCCCUCGCAGAGGGUGGCCCCGAGGGCUAAUAACGUGGCCGCCGUUGAGCCGUACGUACACACGCCCCAAAAGAGCGCUGCCCCGAUCACGAAGCCUGCACACCAUCUCAUCCAUGACCUGGCCGCUCUGAAGCAGAUGAGUCAGAACUCGAGCCAGGCGAGCAUCGUGAAUCACGUGGCGUACGCUGAGAGUGAUGAGAGUAAGCUGGCCAGGCAGAAGAGACAACUGGCCGCGAAGAUGAAGGAUGCCGAUGAGGACCUGACGGUGACGGACUUUGCCGCGAAGAAGAAUGAUCCCAAAUAUCAGACUCUGCCGUACAACACCAAGUUCGGAACUCCCUUUGGCGCCAAAACCCCAUCAUCGGCGCCGUCGGCGGUUUCUGCGGCGGCGGCAACAACGACCACGACUACCGUGACGUCGAAUGGAAGUGUAUCGAAAACGAACGAAUGUGAUAGUGAGAAGGCGGGAGAGAUGGCGAAGAGCGUCCAGAAGAAGGAGGACAAGCCCACACCGAAGCCCAAGUCACUGCAUCAGAUCCCGAGUGGGAAUCUGGUCGUGCCACCGCGAAAGCCCAUCAGUAGCGUCGCACCCACGACCAUGAUCCCUAAGAUUGUCGCCCACAAUCCCAAAGUACAAAUGGUGGCGCCCAGUGUAAAUCACGCGAGCGGCAUUCCCGUGAGUGUAGCAAGUGAGGCGGACAAGGUGAGACCAGCUCUGCCUCCCAAGCCCAACAAAUCCCCACCCCAGUCAGACACGGACUCACCCAGUACCUCAGCCGCGGCUACAUCCCCGACCACUUCGGCACCCACGAUCGUGAGCAUGAUCAACAAGCCGCCGGUCACGGAGCCGGCCAGCAGCAGCAGCGACUCCUCGUCGCCUGUGCUGCCGCCGCCCAUGGGGCUCUCAGACAAUCUGCCCAUCAAGCCGAAGCCCCUCACGAUCAAGAAGCAGCCCAUCCACGAGCAGCCGAAGCUGCGGUCCAGCUCUGGUAUCAAGCCCGUGCAGUACACCUCGCGGCGCAUCGAGAUGCCUCCGGCCUUCCUCUUCCCUGAAGUGGCCACGGCGGAGCUAAAGGACAAGAGCGAUCCCCCGCAGUCCUCCCCACCAGUCGCCCCGCCAAAACCAUCCCCCGAGGAACCCGCGACGCCAAACGGAUCACUGGACGAGACGGACAAGUCCACGGGCUCCUCAGCCGACGACACGGUGACAUCCUCGGAAAGCGACAUAGUGCCGCGCAGGACCCGCAGCAUUUCCUCAGGAGAGGGCGGUGGCAAAGCCAAGCUAGCACGCAGGGUGAGCUUCGACCCACUGGCUCUGCUCCUCGACGCCAGUCUGGAAGGGGAGCUCGAGUUGGUGCGGAAGACGGCGAUGCAAGUCACAAAUCCCAGUGCCGCCAAUGACGAGGGCAUAACGGCGCUCCACAAUGCAAUCUGUGCUGGACACUUGGAGAUUGUCAAAUUCUUGGUGGAAUAUGGAUGCGACGUGAAUGCUCAGGAUAGUGAUGGCUGGACCCCACUGCACUGUGCCGCCAGUUGCAACAACUUGGCCAUGGUGAAAUUCCUGGUGGAAUCUGGAGCAUGUCUGUUUGCCGCCACACUCUCAGACCACGAAACUCCGGCUGAGAAGUGCGAAGAGGACGAGGAAGGAUUCGACGGCUGCUCUGAAUAUCUCUACAGCAUUCAGGAAAAACUAGGAAUCCUCAACAGCGGCGAAGUUUCCGCUGUCUUCUCAUACGAUGCCCAGCAGGCCGAUGAGCUGACGUUCUGCAUCAACGAUCGCCUGACGAUUCUGCGAAAGGGAGACGAUGCCGAGAGGGAAUGGUGGUGGGCAAAGGACAGCACUGGAAAGGAGGGUUACGUUCCUCGGAAUCUCCUUGGACUUUAUCCCCGAAUUUCAACCAGGCAUUCACCCAAUCUUGAAUAUUUGCGGCCAUCUGAGGACAUCGGGGAGUGCACGUACACAGCGCAGUGGACUAUGGAGAUGGACACGGAUUCUGAAUGCUCGCAGAACUCCACGGAAUCCCGCAACACGUCGGCCAGCUCGACAACGGGACGGUCGGAGGAGAGCGUGGACGACGUGGGUGAGCCCCUCGAGGCGGCCACGAUCGCCAAGCAGCGACUGAACCUGCCCAAGGGUCUCUGCGAGAGCAAGAGCAUCUUCAAUGAGUUCUUCUCGGACAAGAUGUGGAACACACUGACCAAUGAUAUGCGCACGUACCUCGUGGACAACUUCUUGCCCAAGUUCCCGGGGAACGAUGAGCACGAGAAAGACAUCACGCUGCAGAUGAUCUUCAAUCGGGAGACAUUUCGCUUCGGAUCGUCGCCCCUCGUGGACUUCCAGAGGAACCUUGAGGAGGGAAACUAUCGGCCUGACAUUGUCAAGUACCGCAACAGUAUUCUGAGAUCACAGCGCCGCGAGCAGCGCUAUCAGGAGUGCGAGAGGAUCAGCCGGAUAGCCAAGGCGAGCGUGAUGUCGCGCGAGAGGCUUUUGCGACUGGCGUACGAUUCGCCUCCGGGAGCCUCCCUGAAGCGCGCUGCGGAGUCCGCGAAUCACGUGGCUAAGGCUGUCAAUGUGGCAGCCGCCGUGAGGGCAAAGAAGCGCUUUUAUCAGGAAAUCUCCAGCACGGCCAAAGAAAUGGGCAUCCCUCUAUCGGACGACGAGGGAUUCCCCGACAUGGGCGCUUCUGCGGCGCCCUCAAUCGCGCGGAAGAAGCGCAAUCUCGCUCUGAAUCCAGGACCCACGAGUCCCUGUGCCGAGGUGAAGAUUAUCAGCACUUUCACGCAGCGAUUUGCCUCGGCAGAGAAUCCCGGAGUUCCGCUGAACGUGGUGCCACCCACCGAAGAUUCCUACAGAACGAUGCUGUAUCAGCACAAGAAGAGGAAACUUCGGGAAGCAGAGCAUCCGGAACUCGAUGUGAGUGAGGUGAAGCUGAAAGAUAUCUACGCGAGGACCCAACUUUCUGUGGGAUAUCGAAGAUUGACGCCAAAUAGUGGAAAAGUGACUCUGGGCGCGAAGAAGAGCGCCCUGGCGAAGCUGAAGCAGGACAUCGCGGCUGCCCCCAUCCCAAGUAUACAAAUACAGACCACAGGCAAUGUCACAAAGCCACCGCAGCAGCCACAAACGACAUCGACUCUCUACAAAUCUCCGUCGCUGCUGAUGACAGCGAAAAGUGAGGAGGAUCCUCUGGUGAAGAUUGAGCCAGAACUGUACCUUUCGCCAACGCCCAGCUCGGAGUCUGCUGUGAAGAUUCCGGGUGUCGAGAGGAAGAAGCUCGUGGUGAAGAAGAGAGCAAACAGCGUUUCUCCAAGCGGAGCCAGUGGGGUGAAGAAGAAGGUAACAGCUGCCAAUGGAAGCAUUGUUCCCACAAAUUCAAUGAUUCAUGUGAAGUUGGAGGAGGAAGAGGAGGAAGACGAUGUGGAUAUUCGUGACAUAAUCAAGAUUGAGGAGACUCAAGUUGGCGAGGAUUCACCAGGAAAUCAUUCACAGGUGUUUGACAAGGUAAAGCCGGCAACAUUCAGCGAUCUUGAGGGAAUCGAUAUGAUGCACUUGCCUGUGGACUUGGACGCCUCCGAUCACAUUGACAUCCUCAAUGAUAUCACGGAUGAGGCAAAUUGCUCACCAGAGCUGAUGCAGGAGACUCAUGCGUGCUUCCUCUCGCUAAUUCGUGACAUUUUCUGCGCCACUCCUGAUCACAGAAUGGCAAUGGACAAUCUUCAGCGGAAAAUUGCGACUUGGCUGGGGAAUCCUAUCACACCACUCAAUGACUGGUUCUCUCUGUGCGACAACUGGCUGACGCAGUUGCCAUCGGUGAUUCACUUUCUGGCGGGAGAGUUUGUUGACCAGCCAGAAGACUACGUGCCCUACCUCGAGUACAAAGUCAACCUGGACAUUUAUCAGUGGAUCGGCGCGGGAAGGGACACAGAUCAGCACCUCAUUCCGCUGUGUGCCUAUUGGCUCAGUCGGAAGCAUGAGAUGGGGACGCGGCCGAACCCACCAAAGUUGGAGAAGACUCGCAGUUCGAGCUUCAGUGAUGGAGAGGAAUUCAGUAGUGGCUUAAUGCCACCCGAGAAGCCCGUGUCUCCGCCGCCGCCGCGCUGCCCCACCGCGUGGACAGUGCAGAAGGCCUCCGAGGAUGAGAUUGAGGAGUUCAGGCGACAGGAGAGACAUCGUUUCGACAAUCCACACAUGGCGUUCACUUACAGGAUGCACGGGUACGAGAGUGUGGUGGGUCCCGUGAAGGGAAUCUACACGCAAGUGCCGGGCGUGAGCAAGGCCAGGCUGCACAACAUGUUGACCAGGGAUCGACCCAACUUUGUUACAAUCCUCACGCUGGUGCGCGACGCCACGGCACGCCUGCCGAAUGGCGAAGGCACGCGGGCGGACAUCUGUGAGCUGCUUAAGAGUAGUCAGUACCUGAACCCCUCGGCGCAGGACAAUGUUCUGCAGACCAUUGUGAGCGGUGCUCUAGAUCGCAUGCAUACAGAGCACGAUCCGUGCGUGAGGUUCGACUCGAAGCGUAAAAUCUGGAUUUAUCUGCAUCGUGAUCGCUCGGAGGAUGAAUUUGACCGGCUGCAUCAGCAGCAGCAGGGGAUGUCGAAGCCAAAGAAGGUGCCUAGCAGGACCAAACUGAAGCCCAGCAGCCGAAUUGUGUCCGGCAAGAGCCCACCGACCAACAGUCAUGUGAACGUGCUGAAGUCCAUAUCGACGGGAGGCGUGAUGGCACAGACGUCGGUUGUUGUUGCGGCUGGGAAGAUCAUAAAGUCACCGCAGAAGUUAUCAGGGCUGCCGUCGAUUGUGGGCAAGAGUCAACAAUUGCCGGCUUUGAGCACAAUUCAGUCCAACACAACGAAUCAGCUGCCAGUGGUUCAGACUCCGCCGCCACUGCUUAACAAAAUCUCCCCUCAUCGUUCUGUGGUGAAGGCUGAGCUGGUGCCGAUCAAGAGCAUUCCUCCUUUGGCCACGGAGAAGAAUCAGAUUGAGCACAUUGACGUGGAGGCGAGCCUAGAGGCGCACACAACACCAGUUCUAAUCAACAAGUCCCUCCAAAGUGUUCCUGGACUCGUCCAGAAAGCCUCUCUUGGUGCUCCGUCGCCCACAACUUCCGUCAAGGUGUCCACUUCGAGUGGCAUUCAGACAGUGCAUGUGUCUGUGGCCACCACCACCCAUGGAAGUGCCUCUUCGCGUCCCCUGACAUCCUUGCUGGCCAACUCUGCUACACAUUCCGUUCUGGUGAACCAGCAAAAUCGUUCUCAGAGUCCGAAUGUGGCGGCUCGGGUGAAGAAGGCGCCAGGAAAGCCACCAAUUCUGAUACAGAGUCCCAGCAAGGGCGCUCCACCGCUCCUCACCCAGUCCUCUGCCAGUGGCCAAAGCUACAUAAUCCCCUUCAAUCUGACGAAUGCCAGCGGCGAGCCCACGCUAGCCAAAGUGAUUAGUUCCCUGCCGGCAACUUCGGCAUCAGGAGUGAAUCCGAAGCUGGUGAAGAGCUCCAUUCCGCCGGCACUCACAAGCACAGCGAGCUCGUCACUGUUGGGGAAGAAUGCAAUUCGCGUGGCGACCACCAUUGGCACGAAGAGCCUCAUAAAUCCAGCUGUGAUCUCCCUUCAUCAGCAGAAGACGCCCACAGUGGUGUCUACUGCGGGAAAGACACCCACGUUGCAGCAGAAGAGUGGCUUGAGUGUUGUCAGUGGCAUCGUGACGCCACCCGGGAGCAUUGUAAAGAGUCAGCAACAGCUGACGACCACGCAACAGAAGCAGAUUCUGCAGAACAUCAUUGCGCAGCAGCAGCAACAGAAGCGUCUGGUGCAGAACGCUGUUGUGGUGAGUGGCAGCGGGAGUCAGGCUACUCAGCAGCAACUCAAGUCUAUCAUCGUGGCGGCGAAUCAAGCUCAGAGUGGCCCGGGGAGUAUCGUGAAGAUCGUCACGAGCACAGUGCCGGUGACGACGGGCACCAAUACGUCCACGAUGCCUGGCAGCAGUCUCAUCAAUCCGCAGAUAAUCCAGAUUCAGCAGACAGGGGGAGCGGCCAAUGGGGCUAAGAUGCAAACAGUGACGACGUCGAAUCUGACGCCGCAGCAGCAGCAGAAUCUCUUCAACACACUCCGCCAGCAGCAACUCAAGAGUCAGAAUCUUCAACAGAGCUCAACUGCUGGGAGACAGCAAUCACUCAUCAUCAAGCAACAUCCGAUGCUGCAGAUUCAGCAGAAGGUUCCCACCACUCAGACCAGUCAAGUAUCCGCUGGAGACAAGUCAGUACCUGUGGUGACAACAGCCUCCACGACUCUGGUGUCUGCGGCUGUGACUCAGACGAUAGCCCGGAAGCCCACCACGGUGGCUACUGUGCGUCCAGCCGCCAGUGGGGCGAGUCCUUUGAAGGUGCUCACGAACCAGAGCGGUCAGCUAAUCUCGCUGGAGAGUCUGCUGCAGAAGCAAGGCAUUGGCGGUCCCAUUCGGGUGGCUGGCGCCAAGGCGGGCCAGACGAAUCUCAUCCAGUUGGCUGGAGCACCCGGAUCUCACAUUGCGCAGUAUGCCGUGGUGUCGCCAGCGAGGAAUAUCAUCUCCGUGGCGACUCCACAGCGUGUUGUUGCUGCGCCGGUGACAACCACGGCCUCACAGGGGCGCGUGAAAGUCGCCACGGCGACGGCAGCAAGUGAGGGUGGGCAGAAAUUGCUGGCCCAGAAGGCCACGGCAACAGCCACAAGUGCUGGAAAGGCUGUGGCGCCGGCUCAAGCCAUGGUGAAUGCUAAACUUCUGGGAGUUCAGAACAUCGCGGCGGGGAAAGUGAAGCCAGGCAUCAGGAUGGUGAAUGCGUCGAAUCUGAACAUUGCCCACAUUGGUGGGAAGCCGGUGAUUAUUGCCAGCAAAUCCGCAGCGCCUGGCCAGAGUGGCCAGACACAGGGUGUGAUUCUGCAGAGUUCGGCCGGGACAAAUGGUGCCAAUCUCGUGAUCGGUGGUCAAACACUCAAAGUGCAGAGCAACAGUCUCAAUCUCAUCAGUCCCACCAGUUCCAAUGCGCAGACCGUGAUGAUUGGAAAUCAGUUUGUCAAGGUGCAGGGGCAGCAGCAAUCUCAGUCUUCGGCGGAUUCGUCUGCCAAUAAUAGCGUAUCGGCUUCCGGAUCAGCGGCCGUGGCGAGUGCAGGGAGUCCCGUGGGGAAGAUCGUGGCCACAUCGAGUCAGGCAUCGCCUCAAGCGUCUGUGAAGGUACAAACGCCAGUUCAGGUGACGACGCAGCAGCAAUCGCCUCAGAUGAUAAUUGGAGCGCAGGUGAAGAAGGGCAACCUAGUGAAAGGACCAGGCGCAGGCAGUCCGGGACAGCAGAGAGUCGUACUGGCGCUACAGAGUGGCGGGCAGAUUCUGCUGCCGCCCGGCUUUCAAGGUGGACCAAUCAAUCUGAAGACGCUGCAGGGCCUGAAGAUGAUCUCGAUCCCGCAGCAGCAGCAGCAGCAGCAGCAACCGCAGACGGCGCAGCCUCAGCAGUCACCGCAGGCGACGCAGGCCAAAGGCAAGACCGGAUAGGAGUCGUCAUAGACGGAGGGCACCGUGGAUGUUUGUAAUGUGUGGUGAAUUGUGUGACAAAGUGAGUGUUCUGAAAUGAUCUCUAUUUCCCCUAUGCUUGUUCCUUGUUUUCACGCCGCUGGAUACUUCGUGCGGUCUCCUCGCGUCUCCCAGAGGACACGUAUCCAUCUCUCUGUUCGUAAACAUGAGCUCCACCCGUGAGUGACUCAGAAUGUAAAUAACUCUUUUAUAGCUCGUGUAUAAAGGAUGAAGUUUCAAAGUGCACCCUGAAUGAGAAGGUCGAAGGACACACAAGUUUAUUUCCUAAAUUAAUUUAUAAACAUUAAUUUAAAAACUAACGAUCAAGAAUAUAGGACAUUAAGGAUGGCGAAUGGAUGAAAGUGAAGGAUUUCUCUGAAGUGUGAAGAUUUUUCACAUCCAACCAGUGAAUAAAAUUUAGGAAAUGAGAUAA